AAGCUUCAGUGGUGAGCAACAUCUGUAUUAUCUUGCAGCCAUCUUGAUCCUUCAUACUUGACUCCAUUUUGAACUACAGAGAAAAGACCAAAGAAACCAGUUGUACCGGAUAACCAUGGCUUGCCCGCAUUUGGAGUCGAUCGGGCUCACGCCUCCAACUCCCUUCCAAUCCGUCUACCGCGAAGACUGCACGCAAUGCUUCGACUCCAUUGACGAUCCUGCUGGCCUCGAUGUGUGUCUUCAGUGCUUCAACGGCGGUUGUGCCAACGAUAGACUUCACAACAAGCUCCACCACGUUCUCACGAGCCACCCUCUCGCCCUCAACAUCCGUCGAACUCGGAAGAUGAUCGUUCGAGAUGAGCCCCCUGCCAAGAUGUCCAAGUUGUCCAUCGCCGCUGAGACCGAAGAGGACCGAUACGAUACCGCCCUGGCUGUGAAGUGCCUUGACUGCAAUAUUGAACUGGACAAGACAGGUCCCAAGCUUGCUCCCCUCGUUGACAGCAUCAUGAAGGCCAACACCUUCUCCCGAAAGGAAGAAGUCAAGGCUUGGGAGCAGGAGCUGACGAGCUGCGAGCACAUCCUGCUUAUGCAACAGCACCCUUCUAGAAAGAUUGAGCAGGGUGCUCUUGGGCACUGCUCAGCUUGCGACCUUGCCGAGAACCUCUGGCUCUGCUUGGAGUGUGGUAACUUGGGAUGCGGUCGCAAGCAGAUGGGUGGUGUCGAUGGCAACUCGCAUGCCCUAGCUCAUUCUGACGCGUCCGGCCAUGGUGUGGCUGUCAAGCUUGGAUCAAUCACCCCCGAAGGAACGGCCGAUGUCUACUGUUAUAAGUGCGACGAGGAGCGCAUCGACGACGGCCUAGGCGAGCACUUGGCGCACUGGGGAAUUAUCCUUGCUGAGAGGCAGAAGACUGAGAAGAGUCUGACAGAGAUGCAAAUUGAGCAAAACCUCAAGUGGGACUUUAGCAUGACUACUGAAGAUGGCAAGGAGCUGAAGCCCCUGUUCGGACCCGGCCUCACUGGCUUGAAAAACCUGGGCAACAGCUGCUACCUCGCCAGUAUUCUCCAGUGCCUCUUCGAUAUGCCCUCUUUCCAAGACAGAUACUUCCGACCCAACGAUGACCUGCCUAUUGUUCAAGAGCCGGCCUCUGACCUGGAAACCCAGCUGCGAAAGGUCGCAGACGGUCUUUGGUCUGGAAGAUAUUCUAAGCCUGACACCGAUAUUGCUGCGGAGUCUGCUAUUGCUCACCAGAAGGGCCUCCCACCCGCCAUGCUCAAGCAUCUCAUCGGCCGAGGACAUGAGGAGUUCUCCACGAUGCGGCAGCAGGAUGCUCUUGAGCUGCUCCAGCACCUGUUCAAGCUCAUCACUCGGUCUCAGCAUCCUGGUGACCUGAAGGAUCCCACUGCGCAGUUCCGAUUCGCUCUGGAACAACGCCUGCAGUGCCUGGGUUGCAAGAAGGUCAGGUACAGCACUAAUGAGCAGGACAACAUCUUCAUUGACGUUCCUCUGGAGAAGAUCCCGGCCGAAGAGGGAGCGGAAGCAAGUGCAGAUACAUACAAGCCAGUUACUCUCAAGGAAUGUCUCGACAACUUUACCGCUACCGAAAGGGUCGAGCUGACCUGCUCGGCAUGUGGAAGCAAGGACGGAUUCACCAAGCGGUCGCUUUUCAAGACCUUCCCUGAUGUCCUGGUUGUCAAUGCCAGGAAGAUGACGGUGGUCAACUGGGUUCCUAUCAAGGUUGAUGUUCCCGUACUUGUGCCGGAUGGUCCAUUCCCCUUGGACACCUACCUGUCCCAAGGACUGCAACCAUCAGAGGAGAAGCUACCUGAUGAACCAGAGGCAACCGCCCCUGCGUUUAUCCCCGAUGCUGAGGCAGUGGCCCAGUUGGAGGGGAUGGGAUUCCCUCGUAACCGUUGCGAGCGAGCCCUGCAUGCCACUGGCAACUCUGAUGCCAACUCGGCCAUGGAAUGGUUGUUUGCGCACAUGGAAGACGCUGACAUUGAUGCCCCUCUUGACCUGGGAGGACAGUCAUCGGCUGCCGCAAGCACUGCCGACCCCGAGAAGAUUGAGAUGCUCGGUGCCAUGGGCUUCGGUGCUCCUCAGGCAAAGAAGGCUCUCAAGGAGACGGGCGGCGACGUCGAGCGAGCUGUGGAGUGGCUCUUCAGUCAUCCUGAUGAUCAAGGGACCUUUGAUGAUGAUGCCCCGACAGAUGGUGCUACGGCGGCGCCCAGUGAGCCAGCCGGAAGUGCGGUUCUCCCAGCUAACUUUGAACUCCGGUCAAUUGUCUGCCACAAGGGAACGAGCAUUCACGCAGGUCACUACGUUGCCUUCAUCCGCAAGCAGCUGGAAAGCUCGGCCACCUGGGUGCUCUUCAACGACGAGAAGGUUGUGGAGGCGCAUGAUGUGGACGAGAUGCGCAAGUUUGCGUAUGUGUACUUUUUCAAGAGAGUUUGAGCCAAGAUUAUGAGAAACGGUGAUGAGGCGUAGAUGGUUUACUCUGGGGUGGUUUGAUGAAUGUAGAUUGGGGACAUGGCGCGAGAGACCAGGCAAAACCUAGUACAUGGUUUCUUCUCAUAGAAGUUGCAAAGACAGGCACCGGGUGCCGAAUAGAUACCAAAUAUCGUACAGUUCUGUCAAC